AUGGCCAAGUUCUUCGAAAAAUGGCGCAUCAAGCGAAUACUCUCCACGCCAUACCAUCCCGCUGGAAACGGUCAAGCCGAAUCCUCCAACAAAACCAUAUUGAAUAUCUUAAAGAAAAAGCUUGAGGAUACCAAAGGGCUAUGGCCGAAGUUUCUACCAGAGGUAUUAUGGGCCUAUUGCACCACGCCAAAAACAAGCACCGGGGAAACAUCAUAUUCAUUAGUGUACGGCACUGAUGCUAUAAUACCUGUUGAGGUCAGAGAACCUAGCCUAAGAUACUCCAACGAAAGCGGAUCAAAUAACGACGAGAAUAGAAGACAAGACCUCAACGAGGCAGAAGAACAAAGAGACAUGGCUUACGUAAGGAUGGUAGCCCAAAAACAACAAGCGGAAAGGUACUACAACAAGAAGGCCAAAAUACGACCACUCAAAGUCGGAGACUAUGUUCUCAAAGCAAAAACACAAGCUACAAAAGACCCAAGAGAAGGCAAACUGGGAAAAUUGGGACGGGCAGUACAAAAUUACAGUGGCAGCAAGCAAAGAAGCAUUCCAACUAGAAACAAUGGAAGGGAAACCACUACAAACAACUAG